AUGGCUCCCCAUCUCGAUCCUUUCUUGCUUGUUGCAGAUUCGGGGGACAGCCUGUCCCACACCACCUCUUCCCCACAGCCGUCGCCAGCCGCUUCUGCCCACGCCCUGAGGAUCACGGACCCGUCUUCAUCUGCCGAUCAGGCCACCACCGACACCUCUGCUGCCGAGGAGACCGCAAGCGAGUCCGAGUCUCUCUUCCUGCCAGACUACCUGUUUCUGUCCAACUGUGAGACCGGCAAACUCAGCCACAUCAGUCUUCCUUCCAGGUGCCACAGCUGGUCCAACUCUGACCGAUCCUUGGAGCAGAUCUCAUCGGAUGACGUCUUUGUUGACUUUGUGGCCUCUCAGCCCUCGCUGUGCCUACAGCCAUCGGGCAGCCUGCUGCAGGAGGCGGCACAGCCAGCCAGUCAAGGGGUCCCUUCCAGGAGCACAGACACCAACAGGCCUUCUUCCAGUGAGUUCUCCUCUUCCUCUCCCUUGUCCGGACCUCCCUUAACACCAACCCUUCUGGGCGAUAAAAGCCAGACCACCCUUCCCUACGGCAUGCCUGAACUCGACGCGCUGGCCAACACGCCGCCACCGAGGCCUCCGAAGCCGACACACUUCUCAGACAGGAAGGCGGAAGAGCUGUCCGGCGGGCUUCUUCACAACGGGCACGUGAGGAUCGGUGGAGCUCAGGGGGCCUUGGUGCCACGACGGAUCUCCUUGUCUGGUUUGGACGCCGUGCGGAACUGGAGAGCUGACAUGGAAGAAAAUUCCUUAAGAAGCAGGGAUAAGCGGCUUAGUUUGAACUUGCCGUGUCGGUUUAGCCCCCUCUACUCCUGCCAGUCGGACAGUUCUGAGGACAGUUACGUGCCCAUGCACCCCAGUGCCUCCCCGCCCAUCGCAGGAUCAGACUGCACACCGGAUGGCUACAUUCCCAUGAGUCCAGGCUCAGCUACAUUUACUUUCCCUUCGGUCAGCACUGAAAAACGUUCAAGCCCUUUGCCAGAACUCCCGACAGAUCUGGAGCCGCCCCCCGUGAACCGGGAUCUCAAGCCUCGUCGGAAACCACGACCACCUCCACUGGAUCUGCGAAACCUCUCCACCAUCAGGGAACAUGCUGCCUUGACCAGAACGUGGACUGUGCCUUACAAUCGAACAAGCUUUAUCUCUCCAGAAAGAGACGGCAUUAAUUCAGCCAGGGUCUUUGCCAGUUCAAUUUCCGGAGAAGAGGAAGAAAGCUACAUUCAAAUGGAGCACCGGCAAGCGACCUCUCCAUGCAAUGGGGCUUUCCAAUGGCCAAAGAAGUUCAGCCUUGAUUACUUAGCAUUGGAUUUCAAUUCUGCUUCUCCGUCGCCUGUACAAAAGAAACCCUUUCUCUCUGAAGAGCAAAGAGUGGAUUACGUCCAGGUGGAUGAACAGAAAACUCAGGCACUCCAGAGCACUAAACAGGAAUGGACGGACGAAAGGCAAUCCAAAGCGUGAA